CGCAAUGGGGAAAUUUCCGUUGUUACUUUUAAGCAUUUGCUUCCUGGUAGCUUUUGGAAAAGGGAACGCGAAUGAUGUGCGGCUAACCUCAGAAGAUGCCAACAGCUUUUUCAGUCCAGUUAAAAGAUUCUUCACCAGUCUUCGCCAUGAAUGCUAUGAGGAGGGAUGCGACUUUGAAGAGGUCGAGGAAGUAAUGGGCUCCAGCCAAAGAGCGUAUGAAUAUUACUACACUUACACGUGCGCAAAAUUUGGCAAAAACUGCAAAGUUCCUUGUACAUACCGAGAAGACUGCAGUGUGGGAGACUGGGGAAGUUGGAGAGGUAACGUUGAUGCUCAGACCCCAGGAUGUUACAAACAGACAAGGUCCAAACCAUUCAACCAUCCUCUUCAAACUACGUACAGGCGCUUCAGCUGUGGCGGACUGAACAUUGAGUGCCGUCCACCGCCAGUCGAGAAACGACAGCAAUGUGUUUGCCGAAAAGCGAAUUGUCAUCCAGGAUCCUGGAAACAAUGGACAGGGGACGUUGAAGAAGGUACCUGUGACAUGCAGACCAGGAUAAGACCUUUUACUUUGACCUGGUCUUUGGAGCAACAAACUGGUUCAUGCAGGGGAAUGCAAACUACCUGCCCUUCGCCAGAAUCUGACUACCGAAAGAUGUGUAGUUGCUCCAAGGCUGAUUGUACAUUGGAGGACUGGAGGGAGUGGGAAGGUGCUGUCGAGGAGGGAACUUGUUCCGAGCAAAAGCGAACAAGAGGAUAUACCAUCUUGGUCGUUUACGAAUCGCACCUCGAUGAGUGCCCCAGCCUACCUCAAGGGUGUCCAAAAGCAGACGAACAGAAGCGUACAAUGUGUAGCUGUCAAUAUGCCACAUGCUUUCUUGGCGACUGGUCAGCGUGGGAACCUAAAGAACUGAAAGGAGAACAAUGUGGUCAGCAGCAGACACGUAGAAAGACAUAUUCGCUGACGUUUGCUUAUCAGAUGCACGCUGACGAGUGUCCGUCUUUGCCACAAACAUGCCCGGAUGAUAUAGUCGAGAAAAGAACCCAAUGCAAAUGUGCAUACAGAGACUCUUGUGACCUUAAACCUUGGAGUGAAUGGGAAAAACCGCUGACCGAGGAAGGCUGUCAAGUGCAGACAAGAAAACGACGUUAUGUUCAUCCUUUGAAAUAUUCACUGCAAGAAGACUGCAGUGGCUUGUUGACGUCUUGUAUAACAGAACCAAAGGAAAGCAGGAAUUUCUGUAAAUGCAAGCACGUGGUAUGUGAUCUGGGGGAGUGGUCUGAUUGGGGCGGCGCUGUACUGACGUCAGGUCAGUGUGGAAAGGAGGAAAGAAGCAGGAAGUACUCUUCUAAAGAAAAAUUCACUUUUGCUGAAACCUGCAAUGGGCUUACCACCUCGUGUCCAUCAGCCCAUGUCGAAACAAGGACAAUGUGCAAAUGUCCCUAUGUUACCUGUGAUAUCAGUGAUUGGAAUACCUGGCAAGGUGAAUUACCAGAGGAUGGAUGUGCACAGCAAAUGAGAACCAAAAAUGUAACAAAAGAACAUCACGAAAAGAGUCAAGCCGAAAGCUGUGAAGGAUUACCGACGGAAUGCCCAACCGCUCCAUCUGAAACAAGGCAAUGGUGUAACUGUUCAUAUCGGGAAGACUGUGUACUCAAAGGCUGGAGUGACUGGUCUGGAAAGAUCCCGGAUGUGGGAUGCGCUAUUCAAAUGCGAACACGUGACUAUAACAAAUCAAUAGAAUGGAUUGAUAGGGCAACAUGUGAUGGCCUGGACUCCUGUCCUGCUAUCCGCGAGGAGACUCGUACCAAGUGUAACUGUAACCAGAUAAUUUGUUCCUGGGGAAAUUGGACAAAGACAAGUUUCAACCCCCAGACUAACUGUUAUCUCGAGGCGAGGGUUAAAAACGAGUCCCAUGGCUUCAAGAAAGUCGAGCAAGAGGAUAACUGUAACGCAAUACCAAUGGUGUGCAACGACUACGAGAGAGAGGAAAGAGAAGACUGUCUAAGCGGUGGAGAGGGAGGUAAACCCACCACUCGAGCUCCAACCACUAAACCUGUAGUCACGACAGUGGCUCCAACAACAGGAUUUCAACCAGCGACAUAUGUAUUUAUUGGCUGUUUCCAGGAUUCCGGCGAAAAGCCUCGUCCAUUGCCCCUAUUGAUCGCAAACAUGAGAAAAGGCAUUGAUUGGUACAAUCUCGGCAAGACAGUACAAGCAUGCGCAAAUGUGGCAAAGAACAAAAGACUGGAAUAUUUCGGGGUGCAGUUUUACGGCGAGUGUUGGAGUGGACCUGACGCAGGCGAAACGUUUGCAAGAGAUGGGCCUUCCGAAGCUUGUUAUGAAGGGGUCGGCAAGACAAAAACCAAUGCCGUUUAUCGCAUAGAAGACCUUCCAGCAUGUUCUUCGGAGCUCCGUUUCAAGGCAGAAGUCAGUAGCGGUCAAGUCAGUGGACAGGCUUGGUGUGCGGGAGAUUCUGAUGAAUUUCAGUGGAUAACUUUGGAUUUUGGUGGUGAAAGAAAAAUUUCAGGCGUCGGCACUCAGGGUGCUGAUAGGGACAACUGGGUAACCAUAUACACUCUUGAGUGGAGUGAGGAAGGAGAAUCCUGGGAGCCCUACCAGGAAGAUGGUCAUGAUAAGAUCUUUACAGGGAAUUCAGAUCGAUUCACUUUAGAGACACACUGGUUGAAGUAUCCGAUCACCACUGGUUUCUUACGCUUCAGACCAAAGUCAUGGACCUCUACACACGUCUGUAUGAAGAUAAGAGUCUACGGUUGCAACGUGUAAAGAAGGCGUAUACUUAGAAAGCAGACUCUUCGGUUAAGAUAUUUCCGUAAUCAUGGAGGUUCAAGUAACAGCCCAAAAAACUGAUGACUGCAUGUUAUAUUAUAAUUACACCCUGUUUAGUACACUUGUCCUGUUGAAAGUUAUCUAGUAACAGAAAUAAAACGAGUCACUUGA